CACGGUCUUGGAAUUUUUCUAACCAAAAUUCUUCGAGAAACCGCGGUCUGUAUUUUAACCUAACCAAUAAUAACAUAACAAUAUACUAUCUAUUAUCAGCGACUUUAUCGCUACUGAUAUAGUACAGCAAAUUGAUUGCACGGUGAACGUUAUGUAGCAUCGUCGGUGUUGUUGACUGUUGUUAAUAAUUAUUAUUGAUAUUAUGAUUAGUGAGUACGUUUAAGUCGUUCGGCCAUAACGUGAUAUUAAACUAACACAGCGUUCACUUCACUGUACUACAGUCACAGAGAACGCGUCGUGGUCGUAAACAGUAGCCGUCCAAACAGUUUAUAGGUGAUUUCUAUUGCUGAGUGCUACAUGUUCAUAUAAUAUAUUUGAACAAUGGCUCCGACUGUUCAGAACAAUACAACUCAGGAAAAAAGGCCAAUACGAUCUAUAGAAAAAAGGUCCGAUUUAGUAUGUAAAGUGAAAUAUUGCAAUAUGCUACCUGAUAUCCCCUUCGACUUAAAAUUUCUUUCAUAUCCAUUUGAUGCUACAAGGUAUAUACAAUAUAAUCCAACAUCUUUAGAGAGAUCAUAUAAAUUUGAAAUACUUGCAGAUCAUGAUUUAGGACUCAACAUUGACUUGGUAAAUAAAGAUAAGUAUACAGUAGACUAUAAUUUACAAAUGGAUAUUGCUGAUGAAAAACUUUUGGAAGAAGAUAUUUUAGCUCCACAAGAUUCUAAAAGGUCUAGGCAUCAUGCCAGGAGUGUAUCGUGGUUGCGACGUACGGAAUACAUUUCUACAGAGCAAACCAGAUUUCAGCCACAAACUAUUGAAAAAGUUGAGGCUAAAGUUGGAUUCAGUAUCAAAAAGAACUUUAAGGAGGAAACUCUUUACAUGGAUAGAGACAGUCAGAUGAAAGCAAUUGAAAAAACGUUUGAAGACAAUAAAAAACCAGUUGAAAAACACUACAGCAAGCCAAAUGUCCAUGCUGUUGAAACAUUAAAUGUUUUUCCAGAUUUCAAAAAUUGGAGGUAUCCUUGUGCUCAAGUUAUCUUUGACUCGGAUCCAGCUCCAGUGGGUCGGCCAGUUCCAGCCCAAAUAGAAGAAAUGUCUCAAGCUAUGAUUAGAGGUGUAAUGGAUGAAAGUGGUGAACAGUUUGUAGCUUACUUUUUACCAUCUGAAGAAACGAUAAUUAAACGUCGUGAAGAUGCUCUUGAAUCACGUCCGUAUGAUGAUGAUUAUGAAUACGAAUAUAAAAUGGCCAGAGAAUACAACUGGAAUGUUAAAAGCAAGAGUAGUAAAGGAUACGAGGAAAAUUAUUUCCUAAUUGUACAACCUGAUGGAGUAUUUUAUAAUGAAUUGGAAACUAGAGUCCGUUUAAGCAAGAGACGACAAAAAAUUGGUACACAGAGUAGUAGCACUAAUACUAGAUUGAUAGUACGUCAUGUUCCAAUCAAUGAACAAGAAUUCAGUGUUCACAAAUUUAGAGAAAAACAAUUACAGCCAUAUGAUGAAGAAGAAGAAGCUAAAGCUGAAGAAGCAGCUAAAAAAGCAAUGCAAGCUGCAAAAGAAAGUGCAAAGGAAAUUACAACUAAAAAUAAAGCAGACAGUGAUGAUGAUGAUAAUGAUUCUAGAAAAGUUUCAGAUAGUGAUGUUUCUGAUGAUGACGAACCUACGACUAACUCUAAGCAUGCUAACAGUGAAACAGUUGAUAGUGACAAAGAAAAAAAUAGUAAACGUCAACGAACUGCUAGUGAAGUAAAUUCUGAUAGUGAUACUAGCAUUAAAAAACUCAAUAGUCAUAAAGUUAGUUCUGGAAGUGACGAAAGUGAUAAAUCUGAUGAUGACGAUAAUAUCAAGAGAAAAGAAUCAUCUCAAAGUGGUGACAGCGAAGAAGAACGUAAAAUUAAACGCGUGUCUAGCGAAGCUAGAUCGGAUAGUGAUAACAGUGAUGUUGAAAUGAGAAGUAAGAAAAGUUCAGAACGUGGAGCCAGCGAUGUCAAUUCAGAUUCUUCAAACUCUGAUAAUAGUGAACAAGAAAGCAACAGAGGUUCAGAUAGUGAUGAAUAAUGAUAAUCAAUGAGAUUUCAGUUUAAGACUUACUAGCAUCUAAAUAAAAUUAAAAUUAUUAAAAAUUAUAUUAAUUCCAGAUUUAAUAUUAUAAAACUAAUGAAUUAUUCUUAUUAUUAAAGUUAUCUCUUGAACUGUACAUCAUUUGAAACAUAUCUGUAGUAAAUUUAAAUAAAUGUAUUUAUAUAUUACUAAGUAUAUCAAAUUUAAGAUGAUAAGACCGUGAGCAUUGUUUUGUCAUGUCACACUGGACUCGUAGAGCUAUAACUUCAAGAACUAUAGUUUACAUCUUUUUAUUCCUUAUACAUUCUUUUAAU